CGGCGGAGGGGGGGGGCCGGCUAUGCUCCCCGAGUGAGCGCCGGGCCGCCAUCCGGGCACCGCGGCGGCAGGGCGGGGGAGCGGCCGGGAGGAGCCGGGCCGGCAGGGAGGGGGCGCUUGGGCUCUUCCCCCCAGCCCGCCCCGAGCCCUCCUCCCUGCGGCCUGCUGCGGCGGCGGCCCCGGCCAUGGGGGAGCGGAGGGGGCCGCCGCCGGCCGGGCACUGAGCGGCGCUGUUGUUCGGUUUCCUCCUCCUCCCUUCUCGCCGAGCUCCGGGAGCGCCCGAGCGCCUCGGACGGGCCGCGAGCGGUUAAAGCAUGGCGGAGAACUUACUGGACGGGCCGCCCAACCCCAAGCGAGCCAAGCUCAACUCGCCGGGCUUCUCCGCCAGCGACAGCACAGAUUUUGGAUCUUUGUUUGACUUGGAAAAUGAUCUUCCUGAUGAGCUGAUCCCCAAUGGCGAGUUGGGCCUUUUGAAUAGCAGUGGGAACCUCGUUCCAGAUGCAGCUUCCAAACACAAACAACUUUCUGAACUUCUAAGGGGAGGCAGCGGCUCUUCCUUAAACCCAGGAAUUGGAAAUGUGAACUCAAACAGCCCUGUCCAGCAGGGAGUCGGGAGUCAAGUGCAGGGGCAGCCGAACAGUGCGAGCAUCGGCAACCUGGGUGCUAUGGGUAAGAGCCCAUUAAACCAGGGAGACUCUUCUGCUUCAGGCCUGGCAAAGCAAGUUGCCAGCACCUCUGGACCUACCACACCUGCAUCACAAACACUGAACUCUCAAGCACAAAAACAAGUGGGGAUGGUGACGAGCAGCCCUGCAACAUCACAGACUGGACCUGGAAUAUGUAUGAAUACUAAUUUCAGUCAGACACACCAGAGCCUUCUCAACAGUAAUUCUGGUCACAGUUUAAUGAAUCAGCCUCAGCAAGGACAAGGGCAGGUAAUGAAUGGAUCUCUUGGGGCAGCUGGAAGAGGAAGGGGAGCAGGAAUGCAAUAUUCUGCCCCUGCCAUGCAGGGGAAUGCAGGCAGUGUGCUGGCAGAGACUUUAACCCAAGUGUCUCCACAGAUGGCUGGUCACACCGGGCUGAACACAGCACAGACAGGAGCAAUUACAAAAAUGGGAAUGGCAGGUAACACCAGCCCCUUUGGGCAGCCUUUCAGUCAAACUGGAGGGCAACAGAUGGGAGCAACGGGGGUGAAUCCUCAGUUACCAAACAAGCCGGGCAUGGCCAACAGUUUGUCUGCCUUCCCUGCUGACAUCAAGAGUACUCCAGUCACCAGUGUGCCCAAUAUGUCCCAGAUGCAAAGUCAAGUGCAGCAAGUGGGGAUUGUACCAACGCAGGCCAUGGCAACUGGGCCCACAGCAGACCCGGAGAAGCGCAAACUGAUCCAGCAGCAGUUGGUUUUGCUGCUUCAUGCCCACAAAUGUCAGAGGCGUGAGCAGGCCAACGGAGAGGUGCGAGCCUGUGCCCUGCCACACUGCCGAACCAUGAAGAAUGUCCUCAACCACAUGACGCACUGCCAGGCUGGGAAGGCCUGUCAAGUUGCUCAUUGUGCUUCUUCGAGACAAAUCAUCUCCCACUGGAAGAAUUGUACUCGGCACGACUGUCCUGUGUGCCUUCCCUUGAAAAAUGCCAGUGACAAGAGAAACCAACAGCCCCUCUUAGGGUCUCCAGCUGGUGGAAUGCAGAAUUCCAUUGGUUCAGUUGGAACAGGCCAGCAGAAUAAUCCAUCGCUAAGUAAUCCUAAUCCGAUUGACCCCAGCUCCAUGCAACGAGCCUAUGCUGCUCUUGGACUCCCAUAUGGCAACCAGCCUCAGACACAGUUGCAGCCCCAGGUACAAGGCCAACAGCCAGCACAGCCUCAGGCUCACCAGCAAAUGAGGACCAUUAAUGCAUUGGGAGCCAACCAGAUGAACCUUCCCACAGGAGGAAUAACAACAGACCAGCAAGCUAGUCUAAUUUCUGAAACUGCUCUUCCAACAUCCCUUGGGACAAAUAACCCCCUCAUGAAUGAUGGCACAAAUUCUGGCAAUGUUGGAAACCUCAGCUCAAUGCCAACAGCUGCACCUCCUUCUAGCACCGGGGUAAGGAAAGCAUGGCAUGAACAUGUCACUCAGGACCUGCGCAAUCAUUUAGUGCAUAAACUUGUCCAAGCCAUCUUCCCCACUCCGGAUCCGGCAGCACUGAAGGAUCGCCGCAUGGAGAACUUGGUGGCUUAUGCAAGGAAAGUUGAAGGAGAUAUGUAUGAAUCUGCCAACAGUAGGGAUGAAUAUUAUCACUUAUUAGCAGAAAAAAUCUACAAGAUACAAAAGGAGCUCGAAGAGAAGCGGAGGUCUCGUCUGCAUAAACAAGGGAUCUUGGGAACGCAGCCAGCCUUACAGACACCAGGACCUCAGCCCCCUGGCAUCCCACAGGUGGCUGCUGCCAUGGGCCAGGCACAGCCUGUGAGGCCUCCCAAUGGGCCGAUGUCCAUGACAACUGUGCCUAUAAGUCGUAUGCAGGUUUCUCAAGGAAUGAAUCAGUUUAACCCCAUGUCCAUAGGGAAUGUACAGAUGUCACAAGCACCCAUGGGACCCCGUGCAGCUUCUCCAAUGAACCAUCCUGUGCAGAUGAACAACAUGGGCGCUGUUCCUGCGAUGGCAAUGUCUCCUUCCCGAAUGCCUCAGCCACAGAACAUGAUGGGAGCCCAUUCCAACAACAUGAUGGGUCAGGCUCCUACCCAGAACCAAUUCCUGCCUCAGAAUCAGUUUCCAGCUUCCACAGGGGCUAUGAAUGUGAACAAUGUUGGCAUGGGUCAGUCAGCAGCCCAGGCAGGGGUGGCACAGCAGGGGCAGGUUCCCAGUGCUGCUCUUCCCAACUCCAUGAACAUGCUAGGACCACAGGGUGGUCAGCUAUGCCCACCAGUGACCCAGCCACCUCUGCAUCAGACUACGCCUCCCGUGUCCACUGCUGCUGGGAUGCCGCCUAUUCAGCACCAAACACCGACUGGAAUGACUCCUCCUCAGCCAGCAGCACCCACUCAGCCAUCCACACCAGUCUCAUCUUCAGGACAAACCCCUACACCGACCCCGGGUUCUGUUCCCAACGCGACCCAAACACAAAGCACGCCUACGGGGCAGACUGCAGCGCAGGCUCAAGUCACACCGCAGCCUCAGACCCCGGUUCAGCCCCAGUCUGUGCCAACCCCACAGCCAUCCCAGCAACAGCCAACAUCUGUGCAGGCACAGCCACCUGGCACUCCACUAUCCCAGGCAGCAGCUAGUAUUGAUAACAGGGUCCCCACCCCUGCCUCAGUUGCUAGUGCUGAUACGAAUUCCCAGCAACUAGGACCAGAUGCACCAAUGCUAGAAAGCAAAUCAGAAGUUAAAACUGAAGAAACUGAGCCAGAGACUAGUGAGACACAAGUGGAAGCUAAGACUGAGGUGGAGGAGGAUUUACAAGGAUCUUCACAAACAAAAGAGGAAACAGAUGGAACUGAGCUGAAACAAGAGCCAAUGGAAAUAGAAGAAAAGAAGCCUGAAAUAAAAGUAGAUGCCAAGGAGGAAGAGGAAAGUGGCACUAAUGGAACCAGUUCACAAUCCACAUCACCGUCUCAGCCCCGCAAGAAAAUUUUCAAACCCGAGGAGCUGCGCCAGGCGCUGAUGCCUACGCUGGAAGCCCUGUACCGGCAGGACCCGGAGUCUCUGCCUUUCAGGCAGCCCGUGGAUCCCCAGCUCUUAGGGAUUCCGGACUACUUUGACAUUGUGAAGAAUCCCAUGGACCUCUCAACCAUCAAACGUAAAUUGGAUACGGGGCAGUACCAGGAGCCCUGGCAGUAUGUGGACGAUGUCUGGCUGAUGUUCAACAACGCCUGGCUUUACAAUCGCAAGACUUCCAGGGUCUAUAAGUUUUGCACUAAACUUGCAGAGGUGUUUGAACAAGAAAUUGAUCCCGUUAUGCAAUCCCUUGGCUACUGCUGUGGGCGCAAGUAUGAGUUUUCUCCACAGACCUUGUGCUGCUAUGGCAAGCAGCUGUGUACUAUCCCUCGUGAUGCUGCCUAUUACAGCUACCAGAAUAGUUCACCCAAAUAUGGCCUUCUUGCUGACAGGUAUCACUUCUGUGAGAAGUGUUUCACUGAAAUCCAGGGGGAGAAUGUCACCCUGGGUGAUGACCCUUCCCAGCCUCAAACAACCAUCUCUAAAGAUCAGUUUGAGAAGAAGAAGAACGACACGCUAGAUCCUGAGCCGUUUGUUGACUGCAAAGAGUGUGGUCGGAAGAUGCACCAGAUUUGUGUAUUACAUUAUGAUAUUAUUUGGCCUUCAGGGUUUGUGUGUGAUAAUUGUCUGAAGAAAACUGGUAGAACACGUAAAGAAAACAAGUUCAGUGCUAAAAGGCUGCAGACCACCCGCUUAGGAAACCACUUGGAAGACAGAGUGAACAAGUUUCUGAGGCGACAGAAUCAUCCUGAAGCUGGAGAGGUCUUUGUCAGAGUGGUAGCAAGUUCAGAUAAGACAGUAGAAGUUAAACCAGGGAUGAAAUCCAGAUUUGUGGAUUCUGGUGAGAUGUCAGAAUCCUUCCCUUACCGUACCAAAGCUCUGUUUGCAUUUGAGGAGAUAGAUGGAGUAGAUGUCUGCUUCUUUGGCAUGCAUGUGCAGGAGUAUGGCUCGGACUGCCCCCCUCCAAACACAAGACGUGUGUACAUAUCGUAUCUAGAUAGUAUUCAUUUCUUCCGCCCCCGUUGUCUCCGAACUGCAGUUUAUCAUGAAAUCCUCAUUGGAUACUUGGAGUACGUGAAGAAACUUGGGUAUGUGACAGGACACAUCUGGGCCUGUCCCCCGAGUGAAGGAGAUGACUAUAUUUUUCAUUGCCAUCCACCUGAUCAGAAAAUCCCCAAGCCCAAACGCUUACAAGAAUGGUAUAAGAAGAUGCUGGACAAGGCCUUUGCUGAGAGAAUCAUUCAUGACUACAAGGACAUCUUCAAACAAGCAACUGAAGACAGGCUGACGAGUGCCAAGGAGCUGCCUUACUUUGAAGGUGAUUUCUGGCCCAAUGUGCUGGAAGAAAGCAUUAAAGAGCUGGAGCAGGAGGAGGAGGAAAGGAAGAAGGAAGAAAGCACUGCAGCUAGUGAAACAACAGAGGGAAGCCAGGGUGACAGCAAAAACGCCAAGAAAAAGAACAACAAAAAAACCAACAAGAAUAAGAGUAGCAUCAGCAGAGCUAACAAGAAGAAACCCAGCAUGCCAAACGUGUCCAACGAUCUGUCUCAGAAGCUGUAUGCCACCAUGGAGAAGCAUAAAGAGGUCUUUUUUGUGAUUCAUUUACAUGCCGGGCCCGUAAUUAACACUCUGCCUCCCAUUGUGGACCCCGACCCACUGCUGAGCUGUGAUCUGAUGGAUGGGAGGGAUGCCUUCCUCACCUUAGCCAGAGAUAAGCACUGGGAGUUCUCCUCGCUGCGCCGAUCCAAGUGGUCCACGCUCUGCAUGCUGGUGGAGCUGCACACCCAGGGCCAGGACCGCUUUGUCUACACGUGCAAUGAGUGCAAGCAUCACGUGGAGACCAGGUGGCACUGCACUGUCUGUGAGGACUACGACCUGUGCAUUAACUGCUACAACACUAAGAGCCAUGACCACAAGAUGGUUAAGUGGGGCCUGGGUCUGGAUGAUGAGAGCAACAGCCAAGGGGAGCAGCAGUCGAAGAGCCCCCAGGAGUCGCGACGGCUGAGCAUCCAGCGCUGCAUUCAGUCCCUUGUCCACGCCUGUCAGUGCCGCAACGCAAACUGCUCCUUGCCAUCCUGCCAGAAGAUGAAGCGGGUUGUCCAGCACACCAAGGGCUGCAAGCGCAAGACCAACGGCGGCUGCCCGGUGUGCAAACAGCUCAUAGCUCUUUGCUGCUACCAUGCCAAACACUGCCAAGAGAACAAAUGCCCCGUGCCAUUCUGUCUCAACAUCAAACACAAGCUCCGGCAGCAGCAGAUCCAGCACCGCCUGCAGCAGGCUCAGCUCAUGCGCAGAAGGAUGGCUACCAUGAACACCCGAAACGUGCCUCAGCAAAGUUUGCCUUCUCCUACCUCAGCAACGCCUGGUACCCCCACUCAGCAGCCGAGUACGCCGCAGACGCCGCAGCCUCCUCCCCAGCCCCAGCCUUCCCCCGUAAGUAUGUCACCGGCUGGCUUUCCCAACGUGUCCAGAACUCAGCCCCCCACCACCGUUUCAACAGGAAAACCCACCAACCCGGUCGCCGCACCUCCACCUCCGGCUCAGCCGCCGCCGGCCGCGGUGGAAGCAGCUCGGCAGAUCGAGAGAGAGGCCGCCCAGCAGCAGCAGCAGCUCUACAGGGUCAACAACAUCAACAACGGUUUGCCUCCCGGUCGCCCAGGGCUGGUAAACCCGACGGUGGGUUCGGUGAGCCAGAUGCAGCAGGUCGGCAUGAACGUGGCGCGGCCCGGCCCCGUCGGCGGCGCGGUGAUGUCCAACAUGCAGGCUGGGCAGUGGCAGUCGCCUCCGAUGCCGCAGCAGCAGGCGAUGCAGCCGGGGAUGGCGAGGCCGGUCAUCCCGAUGGCGACGGCGCAAGCAGUGGCCGGGCCGAGGAUGCCAGGCGUGCAGCAGCCGCCGCGGAGCAUCCCUCCAAAUGCACUUCAGGACUUGCUGAGGACCUUGAAAUCGCCGAGUUCUCCGCAGCAGCAGCAACAGGUUCUUAAUAUCCUUAAGUCCAACCCUCAGCUUAUGGCAGCUUUUAUAAAGCAAAGAACGGCCAAAUACGUGGCUAACCAGCCCGGGAUGCAGCCGCAAGCGGGGAUACAGCCCCAGGCCGGCAUGCAGCAGCCGCAGACCGGCAUGCAACAGCCGGGCAUGCACGCUCAGCCGGGAUUGCAGAACAUGAACGCGAUGCAAGCAGGAGUGCAGAGACCGAGCGUUCCUCCCCAGCAGCAAGGGAUAGGAGCUAUGAAUCCGCAGGCACAAGGAAUCAACAUCAUGAACCCCGGCCACAACACUAGCAUGGCGAGCAUGAAUCACCCGCAGUACCGAGAAAUCCUGAGGAGGCAACUGCUGCAGCAGCAGCAACAGCAGCAGCAGCAGCAGCAAGGAGGGGCUGGCAUGGCGGCGGGGAUGGCCGGCCACAGCCAGUUCCAGCAGCCCCAAGGGCCGGGAGGUUACCCUCAAGCCAUGCAGCAGCAGCGGAUGCAGCAGCACAUAUCCAUACAGGGGGGGUCCAUGGGACAGAUGGCUCAGAUGGGACAGCUGAACCAGAUGGGCCAGCCCGGCCUGGGGGCGGACGGCACUCCCAACAUUCAGCAGGCGCUGCAGCAGAGGAUCCUGCAGCAGCAGCAGAUGAAGCAGCAGAUAGGCUCUCCGGGCCAGCCCAACCCCAUGAGCCCACAGCAGCACAUGCUCUCAGGACAACCGCAGGCGUCUCAUCUCCCCGGCCAGCAGAUCGCCUCCUCCCUCGGCAGCCAGGUGCGCUCCCCGGCGCCCGUUCAGUCUCCCCGCCCCCAGUCCCAGCCGCCACAUUCCAGCCCGUCCCCACGGAUUCAGCCCCAGCCGUCGCCGCACCACGUCUCGCCCCAGACUGGUUCCCCCCACCCGGGACUCGCAGUUACUAUGGCUAGCUCCAUGGAUCAGGGACACUUGGGCAACCCGGAACAGAGUGCAAUGCUUCCACAACUAAACACCCCCAACAGGAGUGCGUUGUCAAACGAAUUGUCUCUGGUCGGUGACACCACCGGGGACACGCUAGAAAAAUUUGUGGAGGGUUUGUAGCAUUAUGGGAGCAUCACUUUUAUUUUUGGGGGGUUCUUGGGGGUUGGUUUUCUUUUAUUUUUCCUUUGGUGUUCUUGGACAUUUUGUACUGAGAAUUCAGACAUCCGGGCUGUUUUGGAUCCCGGAUGGAACUGCUGCUUCCUUACACGGGGAAGGACGAAUUGCUGUUUAAAAGAAAAACACACACACAAAAAAAACCAACAGAGCGUGGAAAAAAACCACAAACAACAAGAAGAAAACAAUACAAAGAAUAUAUUUUUUGUUAACGCCAGGCAGUUACAGGUAUCUGGUCUCUUUUGUGGGUUUAUUUGGUUUUUAUUUUUUUGUUGCUGUUGACUCAUACCUUUUUUUUAAACGGGGGGCGGGGGGGUGAAAGCAAGUUCAUUAUAUUCAUAUUUUUUAUUUGUAUUUCCAAGACGUCGCGUCUCAAAGAAGAAAAAAAGAAGAAUAUUCACAAACUGUUGGCUGAGGCGGGGCGGCCGCCCUGGGAACGGCUCCUUCUUUUCUACAGCAAACUGUGCAGGCGUUGGAGGUGUCAGGUGGGAGAUGGGACGGACUCCCAGCGCCCGGAGCCACGACCCUGGGCUCGCAGAUGUAGAAAUCGUUGCUUUGUUUCUCUGAUAAAACUGGUUUUAGGUGAAAAUAGGGAUGAUCACUCUUAGCCCGUGCUGAUUUGAAUAGAGAAGAAGCAUUCUUUUCUUUCUUUCUUCUAUGUGAAACUUGAAAUGAGGAAAAGCAAUUCUAGUGUAAAUCAUGCGAGCGCUAUAAUUACUAUAAAUAAGAAAAUCCGAGAAGAUUCAAUCACUGUAUAGAAUGGUAAAAAACAAAAAAUACAAAAAAAAAUACAAAAAAAAACUCAUUUCUUACUUAUAAUAUCAUAUUGUUAAAUAAACUGUGUGCAACAGAAAAACAAAAAGGGUGGUCCUUCUUGAAUCCAUGUACAUGGUAUUAACACUUAGUGUUUGGGUUUUUUGUUAUGAAAAUGCUGUUUUCAACAUUGUAUUUGGACUAUGCAUGUCUUUUUUUUCCAUUGUAUAUAAAGUAUUGCUUAAAAAAAAAAAAUUGAUAUAAAUUACUGAAGUUUUUAACAUGUAUUCUGUUCUUUAAAAAAAAAAAAAAAGAAAAAUCCAUGUAAGAAUGUGGAAGGUUUUUAUUUAUUUAUCUAUUUUUGGAUCAUGUUCUUUGUACGACGGGGCUGCGGAGGAGCGGCGGGGCUGCGGGGAGCGCUGCCUGCUGGCCAUGGCUGCAGGGCCGGGAGGGGAGCGCAGGGGAUCGGUGCCCCAACCCUUUAAUGCUGACAGGCCUUCAUCCAUGAGGGGCAACUGGAAUAAAUUAUUAACAGCCAUUGCUUUCUAAAAACCGCGUUAAUGGAGAGAAGGAUCACCGGCGAAAGGAGAAAAAAGAAUAGAGGAUGGAGUGAAUUCUAGGCUAAUUUAUUUAGUCUAUGGUAAAAUAUGAACCUAUUGACUUUAACACUAUUUUUCUGCUGUUAACUCUGAGUCUAGAUUUGAGGGUUUUCUGUGGAAUAAAAAAUAACAAAUCAUGUACAUGUUCCCUUUCAUAUCCCGUCAGCUCACGCUCCUGGGCCGCUGCCCCCCCCCUUCCCACCGCAUUCCUUCCUUCCAGUUCCAACCCAGGGCCGCUUCCCCCCCAGGCCGGAGUUGUGACAAAGCCCACGCGUGGCCCAGGGCUCCUCCAGCCCGGCUCGCAGCAGGUCAGCAUCCCCUGCAGCACUGCUGGGCGAGGAUGGGGGAGCAGCGCUGCUUUCUCUUGAAAGCUCUUUUAUCCCCGUGCUGCACACGGCUGCGCACUGCAGCGCUGCUCCCUCCUGAACUACAGCGAGGCUCUGCUGAAGUCUUUCUUGCAAACCUUCAGCUGUUGGACCUUCAUCGCCACCGCUGGGUUCGUCUGCCCACACGGCUGUUUUCAGCAGUUCUGUGUGUCAGAAUUUGGGGCUGGGUGAGGUCAGCGAGCACCAACCCGAAGCUAAUCCAAAAGCAAUCACUGCUUAAAAGGAAACGAGCUGGGAAGCCCUGAUGCUGUGUUUCGUGCUGCGUACUCAAAAAGGGGGAAAAUACUGUAUUUGUGAUCAAAGAGAGGAAGCCUUGAAUGUGCUGGUGUUUCUAAUAAAAGCUGGUAAAACUGCUUGGAUUGAAGGAUGCUUCCACCUGGCUGCUGAAGCAGAGCCUGACCCAACCCAGGCUCCUUGAUUUCGGAUCAGAGCAGCAGGUGUGAGCAGGGAGGCACAGAGCUGAAGUGAAACAUGCAGAUGCAGAGCUUGGGUUGCAGAUGAAGGAAGCUUGGCCUGCUUGGAGCCUGGGUACAGAACUCAGUGUGUCUCAAGUUGGGCUUGUUCAGGUCCUUGUUUUGAUGGGGCUGUGCUGCUGGUAAGGAACGGCACUGCGGGAACACGAGCAUCUACAGUGCAAGGAUGUGUUUGGUGCUGGGUCCUCGUGGCUGCAGGUGGUGGCUGAGGCCUCCUGCCUUACAGACUGCUGAAUUCUGGAGGGAAAAGAGCUCAAAUCUGAACGUUGAGCCGCAGCUCCUCGUUUCUACCUUUCCAAUGCACUGUGCUUUCUGCUGCUGACCCAGCUUGCCACUGUGACAGCAAGGAGCCGUGAGCGUGUUUCUUGUGGCAGAUAACAGCAGCUGAGGUUUUAUCUCCACGCUUUUUGCUGCUGCUUCUCCUGCAUACUUCAGAGCAGGGGGGUGAGGGGCUGCCGGCGGCAGCAGGCAGGAGGAGGAAGAGCCGUCCUGCAGGGCACGCAGCAGGUACAGAACGGUUGGGGACAGGACAGGAAUCCCUUGCUGGAGCCAGGAGCGGCCCAUGGCUGCGGCAGCUCCAUGUGCCUUUGGGUCAGCACGCAGGGAAUAGAAACGAGCCUCAACAGAGCAAAGGAUCCCCGCCAGAUCACCUGGGGCCGCAGGCUUCCUGCAGGAGGGCAGUUUGUGGCUCAAUGGUCAGAACGGAACCAAAGCAGGAGGGCGGGGUGCAGCGUUCCACACGCGCGGCCCGGGCCGCAGCACGGCGGUGCGCUGCGAUCAGACAGAGGCGGCGGCGAGGAGAGCAGGUGGGGGGAAACGGUUCGAACGGGCUCGGAAGUCAUUCGGGGCUUGGGCACAACGCGGGGGUUCCGAGGAGAGCAGGGGGUUUGUUCCAGGCGGAAGCGCAGCCCAGCGGAAGGCGC